UCAAUUUUAAAUUCAAAAUAAAUUUGCAAUUACAUUUCACAAGCAAUUUCACUUCUAUAAUGUAAUGUAUUUCCAAGUGAAACAGGAUAUAUAACAAAUAAAAUAAAAUAAAAAAAAAAAAAAAAAUAAAAAACGGGUCAGGACUUUAUUUCAUCCAUCAGAAAAGGACUUAAUUGUAAAAAGUGAUUGGAGAGGAGAGUUGAGAGCUUUGUGACUUCAGUCGAAAAGAAAAGUCGUUUCAGAGGCAUGGCACAUUUUGAUUAAACAUUAAGGAGACUAACAUUUUGUUUUCUGUGGAAUAACGUGAUCAGAUGAACCAUACAUAAUUAGACCAUGAACGUGUAUUAAGAAAGACAAAUUGUCAAUUUUUUUAUUUCAUUUUCAUGAUGACUUCAGGCAUUUGUUAUCAAAUUACUUUCAUAAUGUUUUAUUAAAAAUAAUUCAGUGUAUACUUUACUAAGUAUAUAACUCUUUUGAUAGAGUUACAUUGCAGAGGUGCGACUGCGAACAUUAGAACUGUUGCUGUCACAUCCUUUUGACUGCGUCACCGCAGCGCGAGACGGAUGAACUUUCAGGGCGCGUGCACGCGAGGGCGCGCAACGAUCUCCACUAAGGCAACAGUGACGCCCAGUUUGUUGGCUGCUGGAACAUCAGUGCGGCUCGCGUGUGGUGCGCGAGCGCAUGGAGACGUAGAGCUGCGCGUGGGUCUCUACGAGGGGUGUGCGCGUCUGUGACACUACUCUACAACACCGAUUAGACAUCACACAUCAACCUACGGCGGGUCACGGAGGAGCACAUCAUCACUCACACUGUAAACCCGCGCUUUGAAACAGCAUCCACAAUUCAACCCGCGCGAAUACACCCUGAUCCGGACUUCUGCAUGACAAAAGUGGGUUCUGAUAGCCUACCGGACAAUGACACUGACCCAUAGCCGGAGAUAGUUAUGGAUCCUAGAGUGUGGAGGAUGAUGCUCGCCCUGGUCGCUGUGUUUUCUCUCUGGCUGCCGGCGAUCGCGGAGGAGAAUGGUGAUGACAGCUACCUGAAUGCAGUGCAGAGCACAGUUCCUCUGUCCUGCUCUGAGGGCUUCACUGAACUGGGCUAUUACAAUGGCACUGUCUCUCAGACUGACUCAGGUUCUCCCUGCCUAAAGUGGACCGAGUUCCCAGAUUAUGUGCUGCAAUAUCCGGGUAGGGGUCUGGGAGAGCACAAUUUUUGUCGAAAUCCUGACCGCGAAUCCAACCCUUGGUGCUUUUUUAGACAGAACUCAGGGGCCAUUGGUUGGGCUUACUGUGACUGCCACCAGGGAGCGGUCAGGUUAGCGGGGGGUUCGUCCUCUAAGAGUGGCCGUCUGGAGGUAUACCUGAAUGGCCAGUGGGGGUCAGUUUGUGACAUGCACUGGACUGACCGUGAUGCCAGCGUGGUUUGCCGACAGCUUGGACUGGGUGAGAUUGGCACGGCUCUCCAGCACUCAUAUUUUGGCCCCGGCUCUGGGCUCAUUCACUACGCCCGCCUUGGCUGCCGUGGUGAUGAGAAAUCCCUGCUGCAGUGCAGGAGUAGGAAGUUUGUUACUAGUGACUGCAACCAUGGAAAUGAGGCUGGAGUGGUGUGCGCACCACCUGAAGGUAAUGGACCGCCACUGCGGUUGGUUGGGGGGGAGGAGGACUUUGAGGGACGAGUUGAGGUCUUCCAUGAUGGGCGCUGGGGGACCAUCUGCGAUGAUCAGUGGGAUGAUAUGGAUGCUGAGGUUGUUUGCAGGCAGCUCGGACUGGGGGGCAUCCCUAAAGCCUGGUCAUGGGCUCAUUUCGGGCAGGGCAGUGGGCUGAUCCAACUGGACGCAGUGCAGUGCACGGGCAAUGAGCUCUCUCUGGACGAGUGCCGUCACAGUGAGUGGGAACAACACAACUGUGACCAUAUGGAAGAUGCAGGGGUGUCAUGCAACCCCUAUACAGAUGGGGUGGUGAGACUGGUAGACGGUGAUAACCCAUGGGAAGGUCGUCUGGAGGUGUAUCACUCUGGGGAUUGGGGCACAGUGUGUGAUGACAGCUGGACAGAGCAGCAUGCACAGGUGGUCUGCAGACAACUGGGAUUCAGGGGCAAUGCGGAGGUCAUCCCCACUGGAGUGUUUGGAGAAGGAACAGGACUGAUUCUGCUGGAUGAUGUGGAGUGUGGGGGGAGAGAGAGCUCUCUGCUGGAGUGUAAACAUGGCGUGUGGGGUCGACACGACUGCUCACAUAGCGAAGAUGUUGGAAUACGCUGCCACAGGGCAGAAAACAAUGAGGUCCCACUAGCUCCAGAAACUACUGGACCUCUGGUACGAUUGGUAGGUGGUGACAACAGGAAAGAGGGUAGAGUCGAGGUAUUCCUAAAUGGAGAAUGGGGCAGCAUCUGUGAUCACGGCUGGAAUGACAUCAAUGCCGCUGUCGCCUGCCGACAGCUGGGAUUCACCGGGGUGUCCAAAGCACGGCCAGUGGGUUAUUUCGGAGCAGGGAAGGGGCCCAUCCAUCUGACCAAUGUGAGAUGCACUGGGAAAGAGUCGUUUCUUGGGGAGUGCCCUUCUAAAGGACAGGACAGCCACGUGUGUAAGCAUGGACAGGAUGCAGGUGUAGUGUGUGAUUAUCUGCCUGAGCCAGAGGCUGACAUAGCAGUUGUGGGCACACACACCUGCGGUCUGAGAGCUGGUGCUGAGAGACGCAGCAAGAGGAUAGUAGGAGGAUACAAAUCCCUCAGGGGUGACUGGCCCUGGCAGGCAUCCCUCUGGCUUAGAUCUCAGUCUAAAGGGAAUCAGCCUCUGUGCGGAGCCACGCUCAUCAACUCCUGCUGGCUGCUCACUGCAGCUCACUGCUUCAAACGGUUUGGAAGUGAUGCUUCACGGUAUGUGGUGAAACUCGGGGAUUAUCACACGCAGGAGCAGGAUGAUUUUGAGCGUGUGCUGUCUCCAGAGCAUAUAGAGGUGCACAGGAAGUACCAUACAGAGAGUUGGGUGCAUGAUGUGGCACUAAUUCGACUGAAGGGCGCUGAGGGGAAGUGUGUGGCCUUUAACCCGCAUACUAACGCCGCCUGCCUGCCUGCACCUGGCAGCAAGUGGGGCAAGAGACCUGCAUCUUGUGUCAUCACCGGAUGGGGAGUAACUGAAUCUGAGCAUCCUAGCACUCUUCUCCAGGCCUGGGUUCCUCUUCUGCCCUCAUGGCAGUGUAAGAAGCGUUACGGCGAGCGCUUCACUAGCCACGACAUGCUGUGUGCUGGCAGCAUGACCUCUGACCUCCGAAAGCAUGCUGACAGCUGCCAGGGCGACAGUGGAGGUCCGCUAGUGUGUCAGGGCGAGGCAGGGCGCUGGGUGCUCACAGGGGUCAUUUCCUGGGGCCACGGCUGCGGUGAUCCCUUUUACCCAGGUGUAUAUUCACGGGUCAGCCGUUACCUGCCCUGGAUCGAACAGGUGACACAUAGCACCGCCCCUCUCCAGCACUGAACCACAUCUCGCUCUCUAAAACAAACCGCCUGUCACACUUCUGAAAAACAGGACUCUAUGAAAGGAGACACAAGAGCCUGAGAGUGCUUUAUGCUUUGAACACUCUGCUCUCUGCCGUAGUCCUGGAUCUUAACUCCUCUGUAUUCUAUCUGUACAAUUCACUUUUAUGUUGUCUUUAGGAUUUAGAGAUUAGAGCCUCUCCUUAAUCUCUGGGUAUAAAAGCAAGGUACAAUGACAUUACAGGAAAGGGCGAUGUGUGACUCUGUUGUGCAUUUAAAAUUAUUAUAGUCAGUGCUGUCCAGAGGCUGCAGUGCAUGUUAAUGUAUGUAUUGUAUUCAAAAGCCAUUCAAUGCAUCUGCCCAGGCCUUCUGCAUGGUAGAGAAUGCUAGCAUAAGCUCUGCAAAGCAGGUUUAUUUCUUAUUAUGUAGUUGCGUUCAGAAGGAAACUGAAUGGGUUGCUCUGGGGGUUCAACUACUCGAAGGCUUGAACUUGACUUUUUCAGUGUUGUGGAUUUAACAAGUAAAAUCGAAGUCGCCAUGAAUCAUGCAGGCUUUUUUAUACAGCUGACAGUCAAAGUGAUCAUUAAAGCCAUGAGUCUUCUAUAAAUGUGUCAUAGUGUUAAAAUAUUCAGUGCCAUCAUGCAGUUACUGUUUGUUUGUUUUUUUUAAUAAUGGAUAUCAUGCUAAUAAUAUUUAGCUCUUCAAAUUGACAUUCAAUUACAUGGUCCAUAUCAGAACUAAUACAUAAAUAUAAAAAGCUCUUGAAAAUAAAUGACUUUGGAUAUGUUGUUUUGUUUCAUCUCUGCCUUAUUAGAAGUUUUCGGGCUUAGAUGGCAUUUUAGAAUCAUAAUAGCGGAUAGCAUAAUGACAUUUAUGUCUAAUCGUCUUAUUGAAUCAGUUUGUUAUGGUGAUUUAAUACAAUGUGUCAUUAUGUAAAUAUUAAAUGGCAAUUUGUAAUGGUUUCGUCCAUCAAAAAGGUAAAAUCAAGAGGACUUCUUUGAGUUUCUAAUUUCGAAUGUGUCUGAACGAAGACACGGUUGGGACGAUCAAUUAUUACAUUUUUGUUGACUGUCAGUGUUAUAACGAUUUAUUUUGUAGCAUCUCCAUCUGCUCCUGUGCUUUGUUCUGUGAACUGUGUGUUUUCAUCCAGUGGGUGGCAAUAUUGUGUUUUUUACUCUAUUGGAGUUCCAUACUGUUUUGUGCUGUGCUUAGAAACAUUCUUCUGUCUCAUCUCUGUUUCUCAUUUUAAACUCUGUCCACUGUUUCUUCACAAAUUCUAGUGGAAUUAUGGAACAUAAUUUCAAUGAUAAGUUCAUGCAAAUAGUGAUUCAUUUUUGUCAUUCACUUGGAGAGAAAAAUGUAAGUAACAAGGGCUCUUUAAAAGUUAGCUUAUUCAAUAAUUGGUGAUUAACAAUGUGAAAGAAGUGACAUUACAGGUGAUGAUGAUUCAUGGAUGAGAAUGCAGAAAUCCUGCAGUAAGAGUUCCUAUUAUUUUAAAAUGUACAUACUGCAUUAUUUAUUGUAUUUUACUUCUUAUUUGUGAUUAUUCCCAUUUAUGCAAAAUAGUCUUUAUCCUGUAAGGAAUAUUUAUUUGGCUAAUAUUUUUGUAUGGAUAUGAAUGUCCAUUUUUAUGUACAUAAUGACACAAAGUACAAUCUAUGGGUUUUAACAACAAAUAUCUGCAGAAUCACUCCCUAAAACACAAGUGCAAUUUACUGCAAGUUCUUAAAUUACUUUUGAAAGCACGCUCUUAACAUUAAAAAGUUAUAUUCAGCCUGCUUUAUUAUUAAUGCAUAUUGUCGUACAAAUUAUUUUAAUAACCUGUCUGAUAUUGCCUGCUAAAUUAGUCACUAGGCAUAUAUUAUUCAUGUGACCUCAAUGAGCCAUUCCUUCCAUUCCAUAGUAUUAUCUAUCUUGCUAUAAAAUCCAGUAGGCGAUGCAUUCCACAUUGAAUUUUGAAGAAACAGUUUGGUUUAGAUCUCAAAGCACAUCUUCUCUUUUGCUUCAAUAGGACUAGUAGGUACAAUUCUUGAGAUGUAUUAAAUGGAACAUGGACUGUGUAGAGUGCUUCUAAAGACUUAAUUCUCUCUAUGUUUUUGGAUGGUGUCUGUUUAGAUCUUCAAAAGACAUUCAACUAAGUAAACUACUCUGGCCUCCCAGAAGACUGUUUAAAGUGGCCAGUCACUUGGGAGCCUUGGGACUCUUCAUCAAGAGCCAUAAGGGGCCGAGUCUGGAGGGGUUGUUGUCUGUUGCAUGUCAUGCAAACAUCUGUGUGUUUGUUUAUGAUGUUCUCAAUCAUUACCAAGUCUUUGAUUUUUCUGUAAAUAUGCUUUGAAUAUUUUCAUGUGUGACAAGUGCCAAAAUAAAUGACCUCUUCUUGUGGCA